AUGCAAAAAAUAACUGAAUUCAAACAAUCUGCAAAGAUUAUCCACUCAUUGAAUGUACUUACAUCAUUCAAUGAACUAAAACAAUCCAACUGCAUUUGUAACUUCACAAUCAAAGUUGGUGACAAAUCCUUUAACGUUCAUCGAGAUCUGCUUGGCGCAGUAUCAAAGUACUUCAAAGGCAUGUUUUCAAGUAACAUGGUUGAGGCUCGGAAUGGUUUUGUCAUUAUGAAAGACAUCUGUGCUGAUGCUGUAGGGCAGUGUGUCGAUUUCAUGUAUACUGGUGAAGCAAAUCCUACUAUGGAAUCUGUUGAAAAUACCUUAUAUGCUUCCCACUUAAUGCAGCUUGAUGUAUUAUCAAGUAUAUGCUUCAAUUUCAUGGAAAAUAAUUUGUCAGUGCAGCAUUGCCUUCCAGUGGUCAGGUUGGCAAGACUUUAUGAUUGUACAGAGCUAGAAACCAUUGCUGAACAAUUCAUUGUGGAUAAUUUUGAGUCUCUGAUUUUGGGUGAAGAUUUUCUACAUCUGAGCAAAGAAGAACUCAUAUUUUAUCUGCAAAAGUUGGAAAAAAUCAUGAAGUAG